AUGAGCUCUAAUCUACGUAACAGAACAGAUAAGCAGAAUACAAAAACGAGGGAGGAAAGCGAAGAUCUUCCUUCAAUAAUCAAUGGUAAGCCAUACCCAGACAUUACACGUAAUCCACUCCAUGAAGUAACUCUUACAUCUUUGUUCCUAGGUACGCUCAUGGGGCUUUCAAUUGGUUUACUUCCUGUUCUAACAUUCAAAAGCUUUAAUAUAUACAUUUUUUCGUUUGCCCUUUUCCAUUUCUUAGAAUUUUAUGUCACAGCAAAAUAUAAUCCAGGAAAAGUUCAUUCUGAUUCAUUCAUCUUAAAGAAUGGGAUUUCAUAUACAUUGGCACAUGCCCUUGGUGUCUUUGAAUGUUUGAUUGAAUCAUAUUUUUUCCAAGAUUUGAAAUCUACUUCAAAUAAAACUUUUCAAAAGUACUUGUCCAUUAUUGGAUUAUUUCUAGUGAUAAUGGGUCAAUCAAUUAGAUUCAUCUCUAUGAAGACAGCAGGAAAAUCAUUCUCACAUCUUUUGAAAACUGAAAAGGAAGAUGAUCAUACAUUGGUAACAGAUGGAAUUUACUCUGUGUUUAGACAUCCAAGUUAUCUCGGAUUCUUUUGGUGGGCUGUGGGGACUCAAAUACUAUUAUUGAACCCUAUUUCAACUUGCAUUUUCGUUUAUGUUCUUUGGAAUUUCUUUAGUAAGAGAAUAAAGAUCGAAGAGAAGUACCUGAUUGAAUUCUUUGGAGAAGACUAUGUAAAUUACAAGAAGAACGUAUAUACGUGGAUCCCUUUUAUUAAUUAA